AUGGCUCAGUACCAGCUCACUCUGGCCACUCGGGCCAACCAGGCCUCUUUGCUGCCUGUCCUGCUCGUUGCAACUUCUCUCAAUGAGGCUCGACCAAACCCGGUGGUUGCGAUCACUUUCGAGGAAACUGCACUGCUCCGGGACGGCGACAAGGCUAUUGUGCAGUACAUCGGUGCUAGUGGUAGCCCUGUCUUUGGCACUAGCAAUGCCAUUCAGGAACUCCGCAAGGAUUUCCCCUUCCUGAAUAGCAAGGAUGAGAAGCUGGUGAACGAGUGGCUCUCUCAAUUGGAGGCGUUCACUACUCUUGAUUUCAAGGCCCUUGACCCCGAGCUGCAGCGCCUUGACACCCAUCUCCUCCUUCGUUCCUUCGUCGUCGGCUACUCGCUCUCCACGGCAGACAUCGCCCUCUGGGGUGCCAUUCGAGGCAACCGUGUCGCUAUUGCAGCCAUCAGGAAGGGCUCGCUGGUCAAUGUUACCCGUUGGUUCUACUUCUUGGAAGACCUUUGCCCAUGGGCCUCUUUUGCUGUUGAGUCCUUGAACCAGGCGGCAAAGGAGAAGAAGGCAGCUAAGGCCAAGGAGGGAGCUAGCUACGACAUUGCUCUUCUCAACACCGAGAAGGGAGUGGUGACCAGAUUCCCUCCCGAGCCCUCUGGAUAUCUUCAUAUUGGACACGCCAAGGCUGCUCUUCUUAACGACUACUUCGCACACGAGAAGUAUAAUGGCACGCUCCUUGUCCGCUUCGACGACACAAACCCUUCAAAAGAAAAGCAGGAAUUUCAGGACGCCAUUAUCGAGGAUCUCGCUCUUAUGGGUAUUAAGGCCGAUAAGAUGAGCUACACCAGUGACUACUUCGACGAGCUUUACGACUACGCCUUGAAGAUCAUCAAAGACGGAAACGCCUAUGCCGACGAUACGGAGAAGGAGGUCAUGGCUGAGCAGAGAAUGAACGGCAAGCCCAGCAAGCGUCGUGAUGCAUCUGUCGAGGAAAACCUUGCUCGUUUCGAGGAGAUGAAGAAGGGCACCCCUGAGGGUCUCAGGUGGUGUGUUCGAGCUAAGAUGUCUGUUGACAACCCCAACAAGGCCAUGCGUGAUCCUGUCAUUUUCCGCUGUAACCCUACUCCCCAUCACCGCACAGGAGCGAAGUGGAAGAUCUACCCAACCUAUGACUUUGCAUGCCCCAUUGUGGACUCCAUGGAGGGUGUCACCCAUGCUCUCAGAACCAUCGAGUAUCGCGACCGUAACCCCCAGUACCAGUGGUUCUUGGAUACACUGCAGCUCCGCAACGUCCAGAUCUGGGACUUUGCUCGCAUGAACUUCAUCCGCACUCUGUUGUCCAAGAGAAAGCUUACCAAGCUCGUCGACCAGGGUGUUGUUUGGGGAUGGGAUGAUCCUCGUUUCCCGACCAUCCGAGGUAUCAGACGAAGGGGAAUGACCAUUCCUGCUCUGAGAGAAUUCAUCCUUAAGCAGGGGCCUAGCAAGAACAUCACUAACCUUGACUGGACAUUGAUCUGGGCCACUAACCGGAAGUACAUUGAUCCUAUUGCGCCUCGUCAUACUGCCAUCCUCAAAAAGGAUAUGGUUAAUGCCGUCAUCAAGGGUGGCCCGGCUACUCCUUACACCGAGGACAAGCCCAAGCAUGGCAAGAACCCGGCAGUCGGUAUGAAGAAAGUUGCAUUUAGCGACUCUAUCCUUUUGGACCAGGAGGAUGCCAAGAGCUUCAAGCAGGAUGAAGAAAUCACCUUGAUGAGCUGGGGCAACGCUAUUGUCCGCAAGAUUGAGACCGAUCCUGCUACGGGUGUCGUCAAGGGCCUGGAGCUAGAGCUUCACCUUGAGGGUGAUUUCAAGAAGACCGAGAAGAAGGUCACCUGGCUUUCUACAAAGGGACAGGAGCUCAUUCCCGUCGAGUUGGUCGAUUUCGACUACCUUCUUAACAAGGAUUCGUUGCAGGAGGAUGACGUCCUCGAGGAUGUUCUGAACAAGAACACCGAAUUCAGAGAUGAGGCCGUUGCCGAUUGCAAUGUCGCCGAGCUCAAGGAGGGUGAUAUCAUUCAAUUCGAGCGCAAGGGAUACUACCGUGUUGAUCGGGCGUACGCACCGGGCAAGCCCGCUGUGCUCUUCAAUAUCCCUACUGGCAAGACCGGCAAAUAA